AUUCAGCAUGUUCUACAUUUAAGAACAUACAAUUUAAUUUGAUACUUGAAAAAGGAACACCAUGAGCCAGAAGGCAGCAUUUCUAAAAAAAAUCCUUAUAAAAGCCGCCGUAUUUCAACAUCAUUUUCUUCAAACACCAUUUUCUUCAAACGUCUUCUUUUUAUUGAUACUGUCAAUGGUAGAUGACACCGAAUUAUAAAACUUGAUGAAAGAUGGAUUGACGAUAAGCACAUGACUAAACACCGCGGCUAGUUUUAAUUAAUUAAACAACAGAGGGCUCCCUUCAGGGGCACCGUAAACACGAACUACUUGUUAAAAAACUAAAAACAGUGAGUAAUGCUUUGCGUAUGUGUGUGUGGUUUUUCCAUGCAAAACUACAGUUACCACUGAAAGUGUGCAUAUUGUCCUUGGUGUUCUGAUGUACUUUCAGUUCACUUUUCUAGGCGUUCAGUCUUUGAAGGACAGAGUAGGUGAAACCCAUCACAAUGGCGGCAAAGGUUGGGAUUGCAGAAAAUGGUGUGGCCACUGCUGACGUAAAAGGAAACGUUACCGAAAUCAAGAAAGAAUGGAGCGUUAUUGAAGAUGGCGCCCUCGCUCAUCGACUUCAAGAAGAAGAAAAUGUCAACCAUUACUCUGGUAACAUCAGCAGACGCCGUACAGUCAGAUCGGAUAUCAAGACAGCCAAAUCAGCGGCUGACGAAGAGGCUAUCAGCGCUUUCAAAGAGGAACAUGAGAUUGUUGAAAAGAACAGAAAAAUAGAGUUGGAAGACGAGGAGGCGGCCAAGAAACUCCUCCAAGAAAUGAUGGAGGAGGAGAAACGAAAGUUGCGGGAGCUCCGACAAAAAGAAAAUGAGGAGGCGGAUCGGGAGGCGGCCAAACAGCUCUACUUGAAGAUGAUGGCAGAUGAGAAGAAGAAAACACAGAAGCAGAAAAGCUUUGAAGAAACUGAUGCUGAGCUUGCAAUGCGUCUCCACGCUCAUGAGGAGAAGAAACGACAGAUUUUGAGUAAACGACAACAAUCUAUCGAGUAUGAAGAGGAUGAUGAGAGGUUGGCGCGGCAACUCGCUAAGGAAGAGCAGAUGAGAUAUAAGAGUACUCCUCAGUCACCUCAUGGCAUUCAAGAAGAUGAUGAUAAGUAUCGCCAUAGAAACAGACAUAAACAAGAUUCACAUCAUAGAGACCAGCACAGACAAAAAGAUUAUAUGGUUCCAGACGUCAAGGGGUUAAAGGUUACAGACAGCCAGGAGGCGCCUUCUCGAGGAGGGAAACACCAACCAAAACAAGCGUCACGCUCGUCGGCUCACAGCCAGCAAGGGUUCUCAAAUAUUGCUCACGACGACAGUGACGAGGAGACGGAUAUCAUCGCCAAGAUCCAAGAUGAUGAGGAGCUCGCUCGAAGGUUGCAGAGAGAAGAAGUUCAAAAAUCAAGAGCUCCUCCUCAGCUCAGCGAGAAACAACGGCAGCAACUUAUUCAUGACCAGAAAAUUGCAAUCAAGAUGCAACAUGAGGAGGUCAUGUUUUCAAAGAAGAAAAAUUACGACAAUUACAUGGGGAAGGUUCGCGAUGAAAUCGCCGACCCAGAGCCCAUGGUCCUCCUCAGUCGUCAGAACCAGGUAGCUGUACCCGUGGAUGCCAAGUUCUCUGAUAAUGUACAGUUAACGGACUACACAGCAGGGGAAGGAGCACAACAUAGGCGUACCAGUGCCAGCGGGCAACCAGGGAAUAUUGCAGCGAGUCUCGAUCCGACGUUCAGAGGAGACGCGGGGAAUGUUGUACUACUUAAGAAGACGUCGCUGACGGAGGAGCCAAUAAUGAAUGCUGAUGGUAGCUUCGCUCCGGUCCAAGGAACGAGACGUAAAGAUUCCAAAGACAACAGCAAGAAAAGGAGCAGCUUCUUCUCAAAGCUUAAGAAAAAAUGAUAAGUGACUAGAAAAAAUAUUAUAGCUCCUUAUAAAUACAUAUAUCUCUGCUAUCACCCAAAUGACAAGAAAAAUAUAUCUGCUAUUAUCUAAAACAGUACACUGGUUUUGUAGGAAUAUUUGUGACAUAAAAACAUUCUUGUUUUUUUCACUCACAUUUGGACAGCAAAAUUUUGGUCCAGCGUUAACACUGUGUACGAUGGGUUUAUUGAAACUAGAGGAUGGCGAUGAAAAUUGCUUCACUGUAAAAAAUAAAUAAGAAAACACUAAUGACCAUGUAUUCCCUUUAAAGGACAAUAUUAUUAUUCAGUUAUAUUUUGUAGAUAAAUUUAUAUUAAUAUUCUUAUAUUCUUUGCAAUUUUUUAUUAGAUAUUUGAAGCAAUAUUAAAUGUAAAGAUGUACUUUCAAAUAUAUUAGUUUGCUGUAGUGUGUUGCAGCAUAGACAAGCUCUUCAACGCGGCAGGAAUUUAUAUUUUCAAAAUCUGCUCAACAAAAGUUAGUGGGAAGCCAGGGGCUGAUUUCACAAAGCAAUAAAAUCUAUCGCAAGACAAAUUGUCAGUAUUAC